CCUCCCGUGCUGAGACAAGAUGGAAGCUCCUAGUCCCGCCUGAGGACUGACACGGCCUGUGCUUCUCGGUCUCUCAGGACGCGCGGGCGGCCAUGCGCCCCUUCGACCCCUCCACUCUGCUGCCCACCUGCUGGGAUUACUGGACCUAUGUGGGCUCGCUCACCACUCCGCCGCUGACCGAGUCGGUCACCUGGAUCAUCCAGAAGGAGCCCGUUGAAGUGGCCCCAAGCCAGCUCUCUGCAUUUCGUACUCUCCUGUUUUCUGCACUUGGUGAAGAGAAGAAGAUGAUGGUGAACAACUAUCGCCCACUUCAACCCCUGAUGAACUGGAAGGUCUGGGCGUCCUUCCAGGCCACUAAUGAGGGCACAAGAUCCUAGAGACAUUAGGUCCACAUGAAUAGCAGAACUGACUUUGAAGGAAGGAAGCGUUGUUUCCCAAGUUUCACAAUGUGAUUGUACGUGACUUCUGAAAUUAAA